AUGGCGCCCGUGACCGCGUUCGCGUCCUCCUCCCCUGCGUCCUCCGGCUCCCCCAGCAGCAGCAGCAGCAGCAGCAGCAGCAGCAGCAGCAGCAGCAGCAGAAGUUUGACGGUGUGUCUGCCGGGGGAGACGCACACUCUGGGGGCUGUGCUGCGCACUUUGCUGCUGCAGUCGGAGACAGUCGAAUUUGCAGGUUAUUCUGUCCCCCACCCCAGCCAGUGCUCCAUGAAUUUGAGGGUUCAAACCACAGGCAAGUCGAGGGUUUAG